AUGAUGCGACUUCUGUCACUUCUUCUGGGACUUUUGGGGCCAGGUGGCUACUUGUUCCUUUCAGGGGAUUGUCAGGAGGUGGCCACUCUCACUGUGAGAUAUCAGGUGGCAGAGGAGGUACCGGCUGGCACCGUGAUAGGGAAGCUGCCUCAGGAACGGGGCCAGGAGGAGGGGCCUGGCCAAGCGGGAGCUGCCUUCCAGGUCCUACAGCUGCCCCAGGGACUCCCCAUCCAGGUGGACUCUGAGGACGGCGUGCUCAGCACAGGGAGGCGGUUGGACCGGGAGCAGCUUUGCCGGCAGCAGGAUCCCUGCCUGGUAUCCUUUGACGUGCUGGCCACAGGGGAGCGGGCGCUCAUCCACGUGGAGAUCCAGGUGCUGGACAUCAAUGACCACCAGCCGCAGUUUCCCAAAGGUGAGCAGGAGCUGGAGAUCUCUGAGAGCGCCUCUCUGCGCACCCGGAUCCCCCUGGACAGAGCCCUGGACCCGGACACUGGCCCCAACACCCUGCACUCCUACACCCUGUCUCCCAGCGAGCACUUCGCCCUGGAUGUCAUUGUGGGGCCCGAUCAGACAAAACACGCAGAACUGGUGGUGGUGAAGGAGCUAGACCGGGAAAUCCACUCAUUUUUUGAUCUAGUGUUAACUGCCUAUGAUAGUGGGAAUCCCCCCAAGUCAGGCACCAGCUUGGUCAAGGUCAGCGUCCUAGACUCCAAUGACAAUAGCCCUGUGUUUGCUGAGAGCUCACUGGCCCUAGAAAUCCAAGAAGACGCUGCCCCUGGUACUCUCCUCAUAAACCUGACAGCCACAGACCCUGACCAAGGCCCCAAUGGGGAGGUGGAAUACUUUCUCAGUAAGCACGUGCCUCCGGAGGUGCUGAACACCUUCAGUAUUGAUGCUAAGACGGGCCAGGUGACUCUGCUCCAGCACCUAGACUAUGAGAAGAAUCCAGCCUACGAAGUGGAUGUCCAAGCAAGGGAUCUGGGUCCCAAUCCCAUCCCAGCCCACUGCAAGAUUCUCAUCAAGGUUCUGGAUGUCAAUGACAAUGUCCCAAGCAUCCACAUCACGUGGGCCUCCCAACCAUUGCUGGUGUCCGAAGCUCUUCCCAAGGACAGUUUCAUUGCUCUCAUCAUGGCCAAUGACCUGGACUCAGGAAACAAUGGUCUGGUCUACUGUUGGCUGAGCCAAGAUCUGGGCCACUUCAGGCUGAAAAGGACCAAUGGUAACACAUACAUGCUGCUAACCAAUGCCACACUGGACAGAGAGCAGUGGCCCCAAUAUACCCUCACUCUGUUGGCCCAAGACCAAGGACCCCAGCCCUUAUCAGCCAAGGAACAGCUCAGCAUUCAGAUCAGUGAUGCCAAUGACAAUGCACCUGUGUUUGAGAAAAGCAGGUACCAGGUCUCCACUCGGGAAAACAACCUACCCUCUCUUCACCUCAUCACCAUCAAGGCCCAUGAUGCAGACCUGGGUGUUAACGGGAAAAUCUCAUACCGCAUCCAGGACUCCCCAGUUUCUCACUUGAUAGCUAUUGACUCAGACACAGGUGAGGUCACCGCUCAAAGGUCACUGGACUAUGAACAGAUGGCAAGCUUUGAGUUCCUGGUGAUUGCAGAGGACAGCGGGCAGCCCCAGCUCACAUCCAGUGUCUCUGUUUGGGUCAGCCUCCUGGAUGUCAAUGAUAAUGCCCCAGAGGUGAUUCACCCCAUACUGAGUAAUGGGAGAGCCAGCCUCUCGGUGCUUGUAAAUGCCUCCACAGGUCAUUUGCUGGUGCCCAUUGAGAAUCCCAAUGGCCUGGGCCCAGCGGGCACUGACAUACCACUACAGGCCACCCCCAGCUCUCAGCCGUUCCUUUUGGUAACUAUCAUAGCAAGAGAUGCAGACUCGGGGGCAAACGGAGAGCUUCUCUACACCAUUCGGAGUGGGAACGAAGCCGGUGUCUUCGUCCUCAGCCCCCACCUGGGGCAGCUGUUCAUCAACCUCACCAAUGCCAGCAGCCUCACUGGGAGUGAGUGGGAGCUGGAGAUUGUGGUGGAAGACCAAGGCAGCCCCUCCUUGCAGACCCGAGCCCUGCUGCAGGUCUUGUUCGUCACCAGUGUGGACCACUUGAGGGAUUCAGCCCAUGAGCCAGGGGCCCUGAGCACAUCGGUACUCACGGUGAUUUGCCUGGUCGUACUGCUUGCCGUCUUUGGGUCCAUCUUGGCUCUGAUCACGUCUAUCUGCCGGACGGAGAAAAAGGACAACAGGGCCUACAACUGUCGGGAGGCUGAGUCCACCUACCGUCACCAGCCCAAGAGGCCUCAGAAACACAUUCAGAAGGCGGACAUCCACCUUGUGCCUGUGCUCAGGGGCCAGGUGGAUGAGCCUGGCGAAGUCGGGCAGCCCCCCAAGCAUGUGGGCGAGGAAGCAAUGAUGGAAGCAGGCUGGGACUCCUGCCUGCAGGCCCCCUUUCAUCUCACACCGACUCUGUACAGGACUCUGCGUAACCAAGGCAACCAGGGAACGCUGGCCGAGAGCCGAGAGGUGCUGCAGGACACUGUUAACCUCCUUUUCAACCAUCCCAGGCAGAGGAACGCCUCCCGGGAGAACCUGAACCUUGCCGAGCCCCAGCCUGCUGUAGGCCAGCCCCGCUCAAGGCCCCUGAAGGCUGCGGGCAGCCCCACAGGAAGAGUGCCUGGAGACCAGGGCAGCGAGGAGGCCAUGCAGAGCCCGCCAGCCUCCUCUGCAACCCUGAGGCGGCAGCGGAAUCUCAAUGGUAAAGUAGCCCCUGAGAAAGAGUCAGGCCCCCGUCAGAUCCUGCGGAGCCUGGUCCGGCUGUCUGUGGCCGCCUUUGCGGAGCGGAACCCUGUAGAGGAGCUCACCGUGGAUUCGCCUCCUGUUCAGCAAAUCUCCCAGCUGCUGUCCUUGCUGCAUCAGGGCCAAUUCCAGCCCAAACCAAACCACCGGGGAAAUAAGUACUUGGCCAAGCCUGGCAGUGGCAGGAGUGCAAUCCCAGACACAGAUGGCCCAGGCACCAGGGCUGGUGGCCAGGCAGAACCAGACCAGGAAGAAGGACCCCUGGACCCUGAAGAGGACCUUUCUGUGAAGCAGCUGCUAGAAGAAGAGCUGUCAAACCUCCUGGACCCCCACACAGGCCUGGCCCUGGACCGGCUGAGCGUCCCUGACCCGGCCUGGAUGGCAAGACUUUCUUUGCCCCUCUCCACCAACUACCGUGACAACGUGUUCUCCCCGGACUCUGCGACCUCGGAGGAGCCCAGGACCUUCCAGACAUUCGGCAAGGCGCCCGAGCUGAGCCCUACAGGCACGCGGCUGGCCAGCACCUUCCUGUCGGAGAUGAGCUCGCUGCUGGAGAUGCUGCUGGAGCAGCGCCCCACCGUGCCGGUGGAGGCCGCCUCUGAGGUGCUGCGGCGGCUCUCCGUCUGCGGGAGGACCCUCAGUCUAGACCUGGCCACCAGCGGGGCCGCGGGCUCCGAAGGCCCCACGGGCCUAGCUGGAAACAAGGGGACCGAGAGCAGGACCAGCAGUGGCAGCAGCAGCAGCAGGGGCCAGUGGAUCCAGGAACCAGGGACCCCGGGAGAUGUUAGGAAGCCCAGGCCCUGA